AUGCGUUCGGUCGUCAGCAAGAGGUGGAAGAGCCACGUGGAUGGGACGAGGAUGUGGGCGCGGGUGUCGUACGACGGCGGGAAACUGUGUGCACUUUUCACGGGAGUGACGGAGAACUUGACGGACGUUUCUAUGGAUAGCGUGUGUUAUGAGGUGGAUUUGAGGAGUUACUUGACGGAGUGGGCGGUGUUUGGGUUCUCUGCUUCGACGGCGUGGAGGUAUCAAUCUCACACCGUCUACUCUUGGUCCUUCUCCUCAGAUUUGGACUCCCAUUACGACUAG